ACAUAUUUUAUUAAUUUGUAAUAAUUAUCUCUCCUUUGCUCUCACUCUUCACUCAUCCGAAGUCUUACCCACCCAAAUCUAGGGUUUCAAAUUCCAAAUUCCUCCAUUUUCGUCGCUUCUUGCAAGCCCCCUCGUUUCUCUCUGAUCAGGGCUGAUGCACUAUUGGGGAUUUAGAGAUAAGACAGCGAUUUAAUUUUUCUUCUGAAAAUGAACCAAGCAAUUCAACUUGAUCAUUCCAAUAGCCAACUUGCCCUCCCUAUGAAGCGAAAACGGGGCCGACCAAGGAAGGACCCCAGUCUUCCUCGUAUGAGCAGUGUUCAAAGACCACUGGGUGUUGAUAGUGUGAAAAAUAGCCAAACCCCGCAAAUUGAGAAAAAUAUUGAUGUAAAUGAUGCCAUGGUUGGUAAGGCAGUUACUGGUAUUGUUGAGGCUGUGUUUGAUGCCGGUUAUUUGCUCAGUGUUAGAAUUGGAGACAGCAAUACCAACCUGAGGGGCAUUGUCUUUAAGCCUGGACAUUAUGUUCCUAUAACAGCAGAAAAUGAUGUUGCUCCACAUGUUCAGAUGAUACAAAGAAAUGAAACUCAUCAACCAGUAGAGAAUCAAAAGCAUGGACAUAAGCGAUUCAGGCAGAAGACUGAGCUGAAUGGAUCCCAACUUGGACGGCACAGACAAGUAAAUCGGGCUUCAAAAGCUAUGGUUGCAUCCUUGACAGUAGUAGCCCCUUCAGUCCCACCGGUGGGUGCUAGAGGCACCGUGGUUCCUGUUGUACUCCAGCCUGUUAACCUAACAAAUGGAUCAAGCACUAGUCAAGUGUCUUCGGAUGCAUCCCAAGCUGCUUUCCAAGAAAAGGAUGUGCAGAUGGUUACACCCUUAGCUAUGCUACCCCCUAUUGGAUCAACAACCAUGACGAACACACAUGUAGUACAACCUUCACUAACACAAGCCGGCCAGCAAGUAGCAUCAAACAUUUUGCAGAAUGAAAAUGAUUCAGUUAGUGAGAAAAGAAGAGAUGUCGAGCAUGGGGAAGAGACCAACCAAAUACUACCGAAUGAUGUAGUCAUGCGUAGCAAAGGUACUGAGGGAAUACAGCGAUCCUCACUGGCAUCAGAAAAUUCACGUCAACAAAUUGGGGACAUGAAUGAGCCUCCAUUGAAGGAAACUUUCGAAGCUGUACAGCCCAAUCUUCACAACUCUAAAUCUAUUUCCAAGACAUUCAUGAACUAUGGCACUGGCAGGAUGACUGAGCUUCUACAGGCUUUGCAGGAAAAUUUGAUCGAGAUCCAGAAACCCGAUGGUCGAGACGUGGCAGUUGGUAUGAGAAAUGAAUCUAAUGGAAUGAAGUCUACAGAAAGUGAGGACAGACGUGGGACAGCUCUUCAAUAGCUUAGGAUUCCCCAAUCCUAGGUCCUCUUGUUCAUAAAUGCCAUCACUUUGUAUUGUAUAGCAGUCAAGAGCAAGAACCCCACAGAGCUUGGGAAGUCAUACUGGGUUAUGGAGCAAGCUGGCUAACAAUAGUUUACUGUGUUUAGGUUUUACAAAUUUAGACAAAAACGACUAAUUUUCAAGGUUUGUUGUGUACAAGUCCUUGCAAACUCUUUUGUUUAAUGACUUUCCAUGUUUGACUAUCCUUGGAAAGCAUUGGAUUUCUGUGGUAUUUUUUUUAACAACAGUAAUGUUAAUGUUCAAGUUGGAGUUUACAUGAAUUAAUGUAAUUAAGGCUCCACUUCAAAGUUACAGAUAUGUGGGAAUGGAAUGUAACUGGAUAUGACAGCAUUCUCCUUUAGUAUAUAUGUGAGGGAAAAACACAAUUUUGGCCC